GCCCCAUCCCCCAGGCUCUCCACCGCGCCUACAAUAAUCACAGACUCAAGAAAAUCCAAGACUGGGGGGUUCCGAAAGGAUUUGGCUCCGGGGUGCGUGGGGGGGGGGAGGCGGGGAGCACACUGGAAUAUUCAUAAAUAUUAGGAGGGCAGGAGGAGCUCCCCUUCUUGACAAGGGGUUCUGCAGGGAUGAAGCCCGUCUUUCAUAGAGGGGAUUGGGCCCCCUCUCUCCUCUCCCUUGCUCCCUCCCUCCCUCCCUCCCUGUAGCGUGAAGGAGCUGCUAAUGCCCAGUCCGGGCUAGCUGCCUUCUUUAUAUACGAGGGCUCCCUCCUCCAGCGCUCACUGAGCCUACAGCUGACCCUUCUGCUGCAAAUCCCGAAGGACUCUCCGGCUGCUUCCUCUUGGCCCUUCUCUUCUCCCUGACCUGUCGACAUCAGAGAGCCAGACUGGACCCCACCCCUGAGCCUUUUCCUUCUUCCCUGGGAACUGUGAGAGGAUCUUCCCUUGGGCUCCCAACUUGAGCUGAAGAAUGAAAAGCCUGGUGGUGGACCCUUCUCAUCGAUUCAACAACUCCCUGGAUGCUUUUGAGCAAUGUGGCAAAGAAACACCCUUGGAAAAUGUUCUUUUUGCCUCUUUUUAUCUUCUGGAUUUCAUCCUGGCCUUUGUUGGCAAUACCCUUGCCCUCUGGCUCUUUAUCCGGGACCAAAAAUCAGGCACCCCAGCCAACGUCUUCCUGAUGCAUCUUGCUGUGGCCGAUUUGUCAUUUGUGCUGGUACUUCCCACCCGACUCGUUUAUCAUUUUUCUGGAAACCACUGGCCAUUUGGGGAAAUCCCAUGCCGGCUUACCGGGUUCCUCUUCUACCUCAACAUGUACGCCAGCAUCUAUUUCCUCACAUGCAUCAGCGUUGACCGCUUCCUCGCCAUCGUGCUUCCUAUCAAGUCCAUCAAACUCCGCAGGCCUCUCUACGCUCACCUGACCUGUGCCUUCCUCUGGGUAGUGGUGGCCGUGGCCAUGGCCCCGCUGCUGGUCAGCGCACAGACGGUGGAGGUGAACGACACCACCAUCUGCCUGCAGCUCUACCGGGAGAAGGCCUCGCGCAAUGCCCUCGUGUCCUUGGCCGUGGCCUUCACUUUCCCCUUCGUCACCACGGUCACGUGCUACCUGCUGAUCAUCCGGAGUCUGCGCAGUGGCCACCGGGUGGAGAAACACCUCAAGGACAAAGCCAUCAAGAUGAUCAUCAUGGUGCUCACGAUCUUCCUGGUGUGCUUCGUGCCCUACCACGUCAACAGAUACAUCUACGUCCUCCGGUACGACGGCACCCGGGCUUCCUGCGAGGCCCAGCGGGUCCUGGCCCUCAGCAACCGCAUCACGUCCUGCCUCACCAGCCUCAAUGGGGCUCUGGACCCCGUCAUGUAUUUUUUCGUGGCUGAGAAGUUUCGUGAGGCUUUGUGUAACUUGCUUUGUGGCAAAAGGGCCAUGACCGUGCCCCCGAGCUUUGAGGGAAAGACCAACGAGAGCUCGCUGAGUGCCAAAUCGGAGCUGUGAGAGGGACCUCGGCGCAGCGAGCCGUCCUCCUGUGCAGAGGCCUCCGUCUUUGCGUGCUGGGGAGAAGAAUCCCGCUUCUUCCUCACAAACAGAGCCAAGAGGCCACCUACAGAGAAAACAGGCUCCACCACUCAUCAUCCACUUGGACCUCUGAUCAGAGGCUCCACCUGUGGCUCCGUUUCUAACCAGCUCUUACAUUUCUGAAAAGCAAGGACUAACAUGGAAUCAAACCAAGAUUCCUCUUCCCUCACGAGAAAAAUGUUCAGCUAUGCUCACUGUUACUAGACACCCUAAUGAUCUCAGCCUAGAUAAAGGGGAGGGCAGUGAAAAUGAGAGAACAAUGGACGUCUUUCUCUUGGCUCAAUGCUGACCUCUAAGCUACUGACCUCUUAUUAUAGUAAUGCCAGAGAGGGGGAGGCUAUUCCUCCAAGAAUCCAAGAAACUGAGCAGAAAAUUGCUGGAGUGAAAGAAAGUUCCUUUAAAUGUCUGCUUUGAUGUCUGGGGGAAGGAAGAUGGCGGGGAUGAUGGGGAUGGUGGGAAGAAAGGGAAGAAACACUAUAGUAUUCCCAUUAUCAGGUCCUCGACUAUAGAUAUUAGCCUCUUCGUUUAGUUAACACAAUGAUGUGGCCUAUAUUAGGUGGUUGAUUACAACUGGACCAUAGUGACCAAGUCAGACUGGUCCCCAAAUGACAUUUUACAUUUGUGGUCUAAAUCAAUGGGAGUCAACUUUUAUUUCUGCUCUGGAGAUUACCUGAUUUGGUUUUUUAAAAAAUUAAGCUCCUAAAAAUUCUACCUUUUAAAAGUUGUACUGACAAUCUCUUUACAAUUUUCCAACAUUUGUCUUGUAUCUUAUGUGAGAGCCCGUAGCUGGCCUGAUUAUCUGACUUGAGUCUGGAUCAGGAGAACAAAAUGGUGGCAUGGACCAUGGAUGCCUUAAAUGGGAUGCAUACUCACUUCCAUUUGACUUCAAGGACAUGCUAUCCAUAGGUUCUAUCAGCAAAACCAAGCAGCCAUCAUGCCUCCUUCCAGUCCUUGGUGAUCCCCACAUGAACCCAAGACCUCAGUUGCAUCUGUGCACCCUUCUCGCUCUAUCCUACCUGUCAAGUUAAUUAUCCCCUUGCCUUCCAUUUGUACAGUAAUCUUCCUUUUUUUUUUGUACCUGUGUAUGCUGAUUAUCAAUAUGCACAGUUUUAAAAGUGGGAAGCUAUAUCAUGUUUGUUUUAAUAAAAUUUUCUCUCUGUUUACUAGCUACCAGAAUCCAGAAAAAUCUCCUUUGCCCUUCUACCCCUUCAACCAAUGGAUUUCAUGGGGAUUCUUGACAUCUCAUCUCAGUUUUCUUCUUAAUAGUCCUCUCCACCAUGGUUUCCCAAUCCAAAAUGUGACAUUUUACUAAAGCUGUCUUCCUGUGUCUAGCCCUUGAGCCAGGACUCCAUUCCCCUUUCCCUCCCAUCACACUAAUAUUUUACUCUCCUCCACAUACUCUUCAAACCAGUGGCACUGGCCUCCAUGCUGUCCCACAAACAAGACACUCUGUCUCUUGUCUUGGGGCAUUUUCUUUGACCGAUCCCCCUCUCCCAUGCCUGGAACACUCUCCCUCCCCUACUGACUUCACUGAUUUCCUUCAAGUCCCAACUGAAAUCCUGUCUUUUGAGGGGAAGCCUUUCUCAGUCCUUAAUUCUAAUGCCUUCCCUCUUUUAAGUAUUUCCUCUUUAUCCUGUAUAUAGCUGGCUUUGUAUAUAUUUUUCUGAAUGUUGUCUCUCCCUUCAGCUUGUGAGUUCCUUGAAGGCAAAGACUGUCUUUUGUCUCUUUUUGUAUCCCCAGCCUUUAGCACAGUGCCUGGCACACAGAAACCAUUUAAUAAAUGUUUACUGGUUAACUGGCA